CGAGAGUGUAGAGACGGUCAGGGCCAAGGGCAAGGAGGGUGGAGGAUGAUGCAUGUGCAUGAGCUGGUGCAGGAGGACAGGGAGCGGUAUGCUGAGGCUGUGGGCAAGGUGCUAGAAGAGACACCGUUUGUAACCGACGUCAUGAAGCAGGUCAUCAUGGCGCUGAUCGAUGAGAUCAUGGCGACGGACGGGCCGGCAAGAGAAGCCCGCCAGCGGUUGGCGAGCGCGCUGCAGACGGCCAACUUGUCCGAGCCGGUGCUUCGACACGUGAGACAGCUGAGGCUGGCGACGGCGCAUGCAUACGUCACUGCGGCGUAUGCGCCGUACUCACGGGAGGCACUCAUCUCCAACGGAGUCGGCAGCUCGAUGAUGGUUGGCGACGAGGGCAUGCCGGGCGCGUCAUCGAGCCCGCCGGCAAUCUGCACUUCGCCGAUAGUGAAGCGCAAGCGCGAGAUGGACGACGACAACGGCGCGAUGGUUGAGAUUCUCUCGCCGCUUGUGCUCGACGUCCCAAGCUCGCGCCCGUCGGGCGGCCUGCAGCUACCGUCACGGAAGCGGCGCUCGCGAUCAGGCGUCGGGUCGGACUCGGACUCGGGAGUCGACUCGGAGUUUGGCUCGGGGCCGAGUCCGGACGCGGGCGAGAGCUCUGGGCGGGCCCGCUCAGGGACGCCCGGCGGCUUGGCGUCGCCGCAACGGAUGGCGCGCGGGCGGGCGCGGCGAGGGCUCUCGCCGGCAAGCAGCAACGAGGACUUGCUUGCCCACAUCACCCGGCUGUUUGGCGGGGCGGCUGCCGACGCGGCCGUAGCCUCGCCGCACUGGGCGCACUGGUCGGCGCAGGCUCUCCUUGACCUUGUCAUUGACAGCAACAUGCUCUACGGCAACGAUCCUGCCUUUGCGCAGAAUCUGGCCAUCACCGAGCUCCGGUUCGACCGGCGGACGCGGCGGUGCGAGGUGGCGCGGACGGUGGCGCAGGCAUGGGAAAGCGGAGAAGGCAGCAGUGCCGGCUCGCCGGCCGGUCACACACCGCCUGCGCCUGUCAAGCAGGUCUGGGGCGUCGGCCUCAGCCCGAUCAUUGCGUCGAUGCCCGUGGUUGUCGUCGUCGAGCAGACCGCGCCCGGCGGCGAGCCGCUGGUCUGGCUCUACGACGCCUCCUCGCCGACAAUACCGCGAGUCAAGGUCGCGCUGCUGUUUUUCAUCGCCACACUCGGCAUAAUGUAG